AUGCGUAAUCGCUGGCCUGACCUGCGACAUUUCUUUCACCCAGGUUCCAACAAGAAACCGAAAAUAUCCGACUAUCGCAUUCUAACAAAGCCCAACCACAUAUUGUCCAUCUUUGGAAAUCAGCAGCAAUGGAACUUCUUCUCCGCAUUCGUCUUUAGCAGCCAGCAAACUGGAACUGUACCUAUCAAUACCUUGGCAGCUCUUACUCCACAGAUUGCCCACGGUGAUGGUGUCAUACGCGAGAUCUGCAUCGCAAUCGGUGCCGCCGCGGGCGCAUUCGCGGACCCGAAUUCUGAUGCCUCGGCUGAUGAAAAGUUGUCAAGGACCUCUCUCGUGCAUUAUAACCGUGCAGUCAGCACCAUCACUGAAGCUAAAACUACGAACGACACUCUCCUCACGGUGGCUGUGGCGUCGAUACUCUUUGUUACGUACGAUAUGCUGCGCGGUGACACGUCGAGUGCGUUUGUUCAUUUUAAUCACGGCCGGAGAGUCGCCGACAGUUACUUUGACAGACGAUGCAAAGAAAGAGGCGUCACAAUAGACUCCUUGCCGAUGUCAACACUUGAAGUGGCCCUCUAUGAGAUGGUGCAGCGACUCACCACCUACCCCUGGGCUCUGGAACUGGGCUUUACCAGUUCUAGGACGGAUCACAAAGCUCACAUGUAUUGUGAAAGAAGCGACCAUAGAUAUAGCUUGGAGGACUUACCGGCCUCGUUCCGUGAUCUACCACAUGCCUUGUCGUGGUGGGAUGUGGUCCAGCAUUAUCUAUACCACCACGACCUUGCCAAAUACCAAGAGCAGCAAGCUCCUGAGAAGAGCACACCCUGGGAGCAAUCUGUCAACAUUAUGCAGAAAUGGCACAACGGCUUUUUGCCUCUUCUUCAACAUGCCCGGCAAAACAAAACCCAGGACCUUUACACUUAUAUGAGUACCUGUAUUCUGGAAGCUCUAUUCCUCGAAGCCUUGACGAAUCUGCAUCUGAAAUUCCGACCCGACUCGAACUUUUUUCCUGAUAACCGAUCAGUCUAUCUCGAAAUCGUCCGAGCGGCACGGGAGAUGCAGGAAAACUGGAGCCAGGCACGGGGCAUCGCAGUCUUGGACAACGCGGUCGCUCGGCCGCUCAUUUUUGUCAUGUUUAAAUGCCGUGAUGCUUCUAUAAGGCAAGAGAUCCAAGAGAUGUUGCUGAAAUUUGAUCCCAGUUCUCAACUUGCGUUACCGCUGUUGGUGAUGAUGAAUAGGGAAGAAGGAAAGGAAUUACCGCCGAAGCUGAGGAAUGUGGAAAGGGCACUGGGAUGGCAUCUCACAGCAUGCGGUUGUAACUCAGGGGCUUCUUCCCCCUAG